AUGUCUCCCCCCAAACGGAAACAUUCUGGUCAUGAAACAAGAAGCCAAAGUUUGAAUGAUCUUGUUGAUCCUCCUAUUCUUGAUGUUACCGGAUCUGAUCGUAACUUGGAAGUCCCUACAACCACUGUCUUACAUGACUGUCCAAUCGAGUCAGACAGCGAGAUGAAACGUGUGGAAAGUAACGUUGAGGCGUCCCAUUUGGCCAAAUCAGGAUCGGAGGAUGUUUCUAAGAAUUCACCUGAAAACGCCCCUGGAAUCCCUCUUUUAGAGAAAGAAAAUCCUAAGAGCUUGUCUGCUACCGCUGUGUUCCAGUAG